AUACUAAACAGCGGAAAUAAUUAGCGUAGGUAGUAGAAACAAUCUGAAAUCAAAUCUUUCAGUUUGAGAACUCCUCUCUCUGAACAGCUAUGUAGUAUGGAGUCGAGGCUAGAUAGGCACAUAACUCAAAUACACCUUUCUUUCUCGAUUCAUUCAUUGGGCGGGCGGCCGAAUAAACCAAAACCCAAUCAGGAAAACAUAAUAAAAGAAAGGAGCUGUUGAGAUUGAGAAAGCAAAGCAGUCAACAAAGCUAAAAAGGAAAAGAAAAACUCUAGAGGAAGAAGUUAAAAGGAAGGGGUAGGUCGGGCAUCUUGCUUUGGUUUCCUCCACCUCAAGCCUUCCAUGCUCCCCUCAGCCAACAACAGCCCUACCGGAAUCCACCACUUUGGCGGCGGCGGAGGAGGAUUCUGGUCCUCUGUACCCAUGCCGCCCUCCAAAACUACCGUCGCCGUUACUGCUGUUGCCGGCCUCGCUCUCUUUGCCGCCAUUUUCUUCACUACUACUAGUGGUCGGCUCAGAUCACCCUGGUGUCGCCGUAGAAAGAAACAUGCCCUCUCACCUCAGCAGUGGAGAAGUUUGUUUACACCUGAUGGUAGACUCCGGGAUGGUGGAGUCAAGUUCUUGAAGAAAGUUCGCUGUAGAGGUGUUGAUCCAAGUAUUAGGGCAGAGGUCUGGCCCUUCCUCCUUGGAGUCUAUGAUUUAAACAGUUCCAAAGAAGAAAGAGAUGCUGUUAGAACUCAGAAAAGGAAAGAAUAUGAAAAGCUCCGAAGAAAGUGCCGGCGGCUCCUAAAACAUGGCACUGGGAGUUUUAAGUCAUCUGAAACGGGUGCCACUUGUCGAAAUGGUGACAGUGGAAGUCUUGUUCGGGAGACAGACACAUCUAGUUCUGAAGAUGUGGUUAGUGCCAGAGAGUCUCUCUGUAGUGAGGAAAGGAGCCCAGAUGCUGAGUUCUCAGAUGAACCGUCGAGUAUAUUGUUAGAAGAUGAUAGUUCAAGAAGAAUAACAAAUGCUGAUGUCUCAGCACUGAACAGUGAGUCAUCAGACUCUGACUCUUCUGAAGACCCUGAAGUGAUUCAGGGGUCCCCCACUUUGGAUAGCAGGGAGGAUAAUGAUCUUGAUGUGGCUUCAGAAAGGAAUGUUUCUCCCUCAAGCACUGAAGGGAUAUCAAAGCUACGUGCAACUGAAGAUUUUUCAACCUGGCAGCGAAUCAUCCGUCUAGAUGCUGUUCGUGCCAAUGCUGAAUGGAUGCCAUACUCUACUUCUCAGGCUUUGGUAUCAGAUGGGAGGGCACACCGUUCAGCUGAGGCUGUUGGGUUAAAGGAUUAUGAUUUCCUGGAGCCCUGCAGAAUUUUCCAUGCUGCACGUUUGGUUGCUAUCCUUGAAGCUUAUGCACUUUACGACCCUGAAAUUGGCUACUGCCAGGGCAUGAGUGAUCUCCUUUCUCCAAUAGUUUCAGUCAUCCCUGAGGAUUAUGAGGCUUUCUGGUGUUUUGUAGGUUUCAUGAAGAAAGCUCGACAUAAUUUUAGGCUUGAUGAGGUGGGAAUCAGAAGGCAACUUAAUAUUGUUUCCAAGAUAAUAAAAUGUAAGGACUCUCACCUCUAUAGGCAUUUGGAGAAGCUGCAGGCAGAGGAUUGUUUUUUUGUUUAUAGGAUGGUGGUGGUUCUCUUUAGGAGGGAAUUGACAUUUGAACAGACAAUGUGCCUAUGGGAGGUAAUGUGGGCAGAUCAGGCAACCAUUAGAGCUGGGCUUUCGAAAUCCACCUGGAGUAGGAUAAGACAGAAGGCACCCCCGACAGAUGAUUUAUUGCUGUAUGCAAUUGCAGCUUCAGUCUUACAGAGGAGGAAAUUGAUCAUUGAGAAGUACAGCAGCAUGGAUGAAAUUUUAAGGGAGUGCAACAGUAUGACCGGGCAACUUGAUGUAUGGAAGCUCCUAAAUGAUGCUCAUGACUUGGUUGUAACUCUUCAUGACAAGAUCGAGUCGUCAUUUUGAUCACCUCGCCAUAAUUUUUUGUCCUCUAAUUUUAUGUGCUUCGGUUUUACUUCAACCUGGCUUUCUGUGAGUAUUACAAGUCCUCCAUUUCACUGCAUGAAAUGUUUUCUGUGCUUGAGCUAGAUAUUCUCACUUAUUGUUUGACAAUGCUUGAAAAAUUGUUGGAGACUGUACACUUAUGCUGGCAAAUCCAAAGAUGAUAAUAGAUUCAGGUUGAAGUUGCCAUCAAACCCCAUUGUCAUUUGACAUGUAAGCUUGCAGAUUUUGUCAAAGAUAAAGAGGGAGAAAAGGGAGCCAGUAGUCAAGCUUAUUAUAAAUUAUAUAACCCAAUAUUUAUUUGGAUGUGCACCAGA